CCCCUCCUCCUCGUUCGUCUCCUCUCUUCUCCAUUUUUUUUCUCUCCUCUGCUUUUGAAGGAACUCGAGAAGCAUCAGCCGCAUCUCUACUACUACUACUACUACCCUUGCUCUGUCUGAUCCAAGUCCAGGCAGCAGCUAGCUAGCGUGGUGGUGGUGGAGUCGACGGGGAUGGGGUGGUGGCCGCCGGCUGCGUGGCGGCGGUGGGGGGUGGUGGUCGUCGUCGUGGCGGCGUUGAUGGCGGUGUCGGCGACGGCGGCGGUGGAGGAGGAGUUGGGAGGGAGGGAGAGUGGAGUCGUGGCAGCGGCGGCGCAGGGGCGGUGGCCGAGGCACCGGCACGCGUACGCGGCGAUGAUGUACAUGGGGACGCCGAGGGACUACGAGUUCUACGUCGCCGUGCGCGUCAUGAUGCGCUCCCUCGCCAGGAUCGGCGCCGACGCCGACCGCGUCCUCAUCGCCUCCGCCGACGUCCCCGCCGACUGGGUCCGCGCAAUGAGGGAAGAGGAUGGCAUGAGAGUGGUGCUGGUGGAGAAUAUGAAGAAUCCUUAUGAGAGCAACCUUGGAGGGAUCAACAGGAGGUUUAAGCUGACGCUGAACAAGCUCUAUGCGUGGACCCUGGUUGACUAUGAGCGCGUCGUCAUGAUCGACUCCGAUAACAUCUUCCUUCAGAAGACCGAUGAGCUCUUCCAGUGUGGACAGUUCUGUGCCGUUUUCAUCAACCCUUGCUACUUCCACACUGGUCUUUUCGUGCUCCAGCCUUCUAUGGAUGUCUUCAAAGGCAUGCUUCAUGACCUAGAGAUUGGCCGUGCCAACUCUGAUGGUGCUGACCAAGGGUUUCUUGUCGGCUGCUACCCAGACUUGCUUGAUAGACCAAUGUUCCACCCUCCUGAGAAUGGCAGCAAGCUCAACGGGACAUAUCGCCUUCCUCUUGGUUAUCAGAUGGAUGCAUCCUACUACUAUCUCAAGUUGCAUUGGCAUGUCCCUUGUGGGCCCAACAGCGUUAUCACAUUCCCCAGCGCCCCUUGGUUUAAACCUUGGUAUUGGUGGUCAUGGCCAAUCUUGCCACUGGGCCUUUCCUGGCACAAGCAACGGUGGGAUGAUCUUGGGUAUGCCGCUGAAAUGCCAGUGAUCCUGAUGGAGAUAUUGAUGUACGCAGUCAUUAUAACCAUUACCAGGUUGGCAAAGCCUGGGAUGACAAAACUGUGCUAUAACCGGCGGCCCGAGAAGCAAAAUGCCAUGGUGCAGGGGCUGAUCAAGAUGUCUGCAAUCGUGGCCAUGCUAAUUGCAUAUGCCAUCCCGUUCUUUAUAAUCCCACGCACGGUUCACCCAUUCAUGGGCUGGUCCAUGUACCUGUUUGGUGCAUUGGCAUUGGGAGUGCUCGUGAGCAAUGCCUUCUUGCUUCCAUUGCUUGCUGUGCUCACGCCCUGGUUAGCUAUUAUUGGCAUGUUCUUCGUCAUGGCAUUCCCGUGGUACCAUGGUGGUAUCGUGAGGGUUCUGGCAAUCUUCGGGUACGCAUUUUGUUCUGCGCCGUUCUUGUGGGCGUCUCUGGUGAGGGUGAUGGACUCGUUGCAGACUAUGCUCGAGAGGGAACCGUUCUUCCCUCGGCUUGGUGAACCGGCCCAGGAAACCGAAUUCAGCAAGCUGUUUUGAUUCAAUUUGUACAGAUUCAGAUGCAUCUUCAUUUGGACAGAAUCACAUUCUCUAAUUCUUGAUUCAUUCUGACGAUUUUGGCUCAGGCAUUCUACUUUGUGUCAGCAGCAAUGUAUGCCUGCAGCAACCAUGAUUGAUGCAGAUACAGUAAAGAUAGAUCAGUCAUACUCUCAAAUGGGUAAAGUGCGUGUUUAGCACAUGGAAUGGGACGGGGGAUUGUUGUACAUUACCUUUUUCUUUCUUUCCAAAGCUGAGUUUUAGAGCAGUUUACUCUCAAAUUCCUUCUCUAUGAAAACUACGCAUAUACAAUCUUGUUGGACUUGGAAACCAUAAUGCUAUUAUUAUUAAGUGACA